UCAGGUGACGCGUGCGCAGUAGAAACGUUCAGCGAGUAGUCGAAAGAAGCCAACCCAAGUGAGAUCCACAGAACCAAAGGCGGCCACCACAUGAAGUGCUUUAUCGUUUUAGUUGCAGCUUUGCUGCUGGCGUGUGCUCGGGCGCAGAGCGAGGCCGUGCAGGAUCAGGAGCAGGUGGCGGCAACGCCGACGGCGGAUCAGGUGGGCGCCGCCAGCAGCUAUGCACCGCUGCAGGAGAAGAAGCAGGACAAGCGCUAUGUCGGUGGAUACGGUGGUUACGGUGGUUAUGGUGGCUACGGCGGCUACGGCGGCUACGGCGCCAAUGCUGGCUAUGGCAACAGCGGCUAUGGCGGCUACGGCAACGGCUAUGGAGCAUAUGGCUCCACGCUGGGCGCUGGCUACGGCAGCGGCGUGGACAGCUACUACAGUCCAUAUGGAUCGCGCGGCUUUGCUGGUUUGGAUGGCGCUGCUGGCUAUGGCGGCUAUGGCUCCACACUGGGCGGCUAUGGCUCCACACUGGGCGGCUAUGGCUCCACCUUGGGCGGCUAUGGCUCCGCCUUGGGCGGCUAUGGCUCCACCUUGGGCGGCUAUGGCUCUGGCUUAGGCGUCGGCGGCUAUGGCAGCUAUGGCAGUGGCUACAACUCGAAUCCCUACGCCCUGUCCUAUUACAAUUCGCGCCUGGGCGCUGGCGCUGGCACUGGCUAUCCGUAUUACAACACUCGCUUUGGCGCCGGCGGCUAUCCUUCGAGCUACUACAGCAGCAACUAUGGCAACAGCGUUGUGGGCGGCGGGCUCGGUGCGCUGGGCGGUGUGCCGCCCAUUGGCGGCGCCGGCGCUGCUGGCUACAAUUACGGCGCCGGCAUCUCGGGCACCGUCUACUAGAAGGCGAGCGCCA